CCGUCGGGGGUCGGAUGGACACGUGGAAGAGCGGCAGUCGGAGAGCUUCACCCAGCUCGAUCGAUGCCAUGAGAUGGGAUACAGAAAGAAUUCCCAAUAACCUCCUGCAGUAGCUUGGGCGCUUAAACGGUCCGGUCAAUUCGAUUGUGGAUCGAGUGACUGGGAAAGAGCGUCUCAGCCCACUAUAGUUCGACCCAACCACUCGCUUAAGACCCAGAAAAGAAAGGGUCUAAUCUCGCAUCUCGUGUGUCGAAGUGUGUCUAAUCCCCAUGGGGUCUUCUCUCGUCCGGCUGUUCGGCCCGUGGCCCGUCUGUCACGCAAAGCACCACCAAACACCCCCAGAAACCACCCAAUAUGGCUCAAUCUUGCCCCAACCAACCUUUUUUCAAUCCAAUAUCCAGCGAGAUGGCAAAUGGCAAAUAGCAGAUGGCAAAUGGCAAACCCAACGAUCGUGUUUCCCUGCGGCAGUCCGGCCCAGACUGCCACUGCACACACCCUCUCUUGCCUUUCGGGCAUCCCCAGCUUCCCCGGAUUCAUCUAAUCCCGUUUGGAUACGGGGUCUCAUCCUUGCUGCAAUUAGCCCGCCACUCAGCCUAUUCUUUGCGAGUCCCUGUCCCUGUCCUAUCACAGCGCCUCCUCCCCAGCAAAUUUUCCGCGGCAUCUGGUGACAGGAAGGGACUAUAGUCAGAC